AUGAGGCUCCUCGUCCUCGCCGCGGUGGCCGCCACUGUACUCCUCCUCCAAGGUUCGGCCGCCAGGGCCGCCGGCAGGGAGGGGCCAUCCGGUUGGGAGCCGAUAAAGGAUCUGAGCGACCCGCACGUGCGGGAGAUCGCUGAGUUUGCGGUCAAUAAGCACAACGACGACGCCCAGACGAAGCUGGCACUGGAUAAGGUGGUGAAGGGUGAGACGGUAGGGUUCUUGGGGACGAUCUACAAGCUUAUCGUCGAGGUCAAGGACGGGGCCAACCCGAAGAGCUACGAGGCCGUAGUUUGGGAUGGGAAGUUGGUUAGAUUUCUCUUUUUGUUCAAGGCCGUUGAAGGCAACGUGUGA